GCAAAUAAUAAUCGAAACAACCGAGAUAAAUCGCAAUUUCCCGAGUAAAUUCUUUUUAAAUAAUAAAUUACUACAUAAUACCUAUCGAACGCGGUCAAAAUGAACGCACCACCAACCUUCGAAUCGUUCCUGCUGUACGAAGGAGAGAAAAAAAUCAUCAAGGAACUGGACACCAAAGUGCCGAACGCCGCUAUCUUCACCGUAAACAAGGAGGAUCACACUCUUGGAAACAUGAUCCGCAACCAACUGCUGAAGGAUCCCAAUGUACUGUUCGCCGGCUACAAGCUUCCCCAUCCGCUGGAGCAUAAAUUCGUCAUCCGGAUUCAAACCACAUCCGAUUACUCACCCCAGGAAGCGUUCAUGAAUGCAAUCACCGAUUUGCUGUCGGAACUGUCCCUGUUCGAGGAACGCUUCCGGGAGGCAUACAAAGAAAAGAAGGAGGGAGGCGACUAG